AUGUAUAGCCCUGUAACUCAUACUGACAUUCCUAUAACAAUGUAUAACCCUGUAACUAAUACUGACAUUCCUAUAACAAUGUAUAGCCCUGUAACUAAUACUGACAUUCCUAUAACAAUGUAUAGCCCUGUAACUAAUACUGACAUUCCUAUAACAAUGUAUAGCCCUGUAACUCAUACUGACAUUCCUAUAACAAUGUAUAGCCCUGUAACUUAUACUGACAUUCCUAUAACAAUGUAUAGCCCUGUUAAUAAUACUGACAUUCAUAUAACAAUGUAUAGCCCUGUAACUAAUACUGACAUUCCUAUAACAAUGUAUAGCCCUGUAACUAAUACUGACAUUCCUAUAACAAUGUAUAGCCCUGUAACUCAUACUGACAUUCCUAUAACAAUGUAUAACCCUGUAACUAAUACUGACAUUCCUAUAACAAUGUAUAGCCCUGUUAAUAAUACUGACAUUCCUAUAACAAUGUAUAGCCCUGUAACUAAUACUGACAUUCCUAUAACAAUGUAUAGCCCUGUAACUAAUACUGACAUUCCUAUAACAAUGUAUAGCCCUGUAACUAAUACUGACAUUCCUAUAACAAUGUAUAGCCCUGUAACUCAUACUGACAUUCCUAUAACAAUGUAUAGCCCUGUAACUCAUACUGACAUUCCUAUAACAAUGUAUAGCCCUGUAACUCAUACUGACAUUCCUAUAACAAUGUAUAGCCCUGUAACUCAUACUGACAUUCCUAUAACAAUGUAUAGCCCUGUAACUAAUACUGACAUUCCUAUAACAAUGUAUAGCCCUGUAACUAAUACUGACAUUCCUAUAACAAUGUAUAACCAUGUAACUAAUACUGAUAUUCCUAUAACAAUGUAUAGCCCUGUAACUAAUACUGACAUUCCUAUAGCAAUGUAUAGCCCUGUAACUAAUACUGACAUUCCUAUAACAAUGUAUAGCCCUGUAACUAAUACUGACAUUCCUAUAACAAUGUAUAGCAAUGUAACUCAUACUGACAUUCCUAUAACAAUGUAUAGCCCUGUAACUAAUACUGACAUUCCUAUAACAAUGUAUAGCCCUGUAACUAAUACUGACAUUCCUAUAACAAUGUAUAGCCCUGUAACUAAUACUGACAUUCCUAUAACAAUGUAUAGCCCUGUAACUAAUACUGACAUUCCUAUAACAAUGUAUAGCCCUGUAACUAAUACUGACAUUCCUAUAACAAUGUAUAGCCCUGUAACUAAUACUGACAUUCCUAUAACAAUGUAUAGCCCUGUUAAUAAUACUGACAUUCCUAUAACAAUGUAUAGCCCUGUUAAUAAUACUGACAUUCCUAUAACAAUGUAUAGCCCUGUAACUAAUACUGACAUUCCUAUAACAAUGUAUAGCAAUGUAACUCAUACUGACAUUCCUAUAACAAUGUAUAGCCCUGUAACUAAUACUGACAUUCCUAUAACAAUGUAUAGCCCUGUUAAUAAUACUGACAUUCCUAUAGCAAUGUAUAGCCCUGUUAAUAAUACUGACAUUCCUAUAACAAUGUAUAGCCCUGUAACUCAUACUGAUAUUCCUAUAACAAUGUAUAGCCCUGUAACUAAUACUGACAUUCCUAUAACAAUGUAUAGCCCUGUAACUAAUACUGACAUUCCUAUAACAAUGUAUAGCCCUGUUACUCAUACUGACAUUCCUAUAACAAUGUAUAGCCCUGUUAAUAAUACUGAUAUUCCUAUAACAAUGUAUAGCCCUGUAACUAAUACUGACAUUCCUAUAACAAUGUAUAACCCUGUAACUAAUACUGACAUUCCUAUAACAAUGUAUAGUCCUGUAACUAAUACUGACAUUCCUAUAACAAUGUAUAGCCCUGUAACUAAUACUGACAUUCCUAUAACAAUGUAUAGCCCUGUUAAUAAUACUGACAUUCCUGUAACAAUGUAUAGCCCUGUAACUAAUACUGACAUUCCUGUAACAAUGUAUAGCCCUGUAACUAAUACUGACAUUCCUAUAACAAUGUAUAGCCCUGUUAAUAAUACUGACAUUCCUAUAACAAUGUAUAGCCCUGUUAAUAAUACUGACAUUCCUAUAGCAAUGUAUAACCCUGUAACUAAUACUGACAUUCCUAUAACAAUGUAUAGCCCUGUAACUAAUACUGACAUUCCUAUAACAAUGUAUAGCCCUGUAACUAAUACUGACAUUCCUAUAACAAUGUAUAGCCCUGUAACUAAUACUGACAUUCCUAUAACAAUGUAUAGCCCUGUAACUAAUACUGACAUUCCUAUAACAAUGUAUAGCCCUGUAACUAAUACUGACAUUCCUAUAACAAUGUAUAGCCCUGUAACUAAUACUGACAUUCCUAUAACAAUGUAUAGCCCUGUAACUAAUACUGACAUUCCUAUAACAAUGUAUAGCCCUGUAACUAAUACUGACAUUCCUAUAACAAUGUAUAGCCCUGUAACUAAUACUGACAUUCCUAUAACAAUGUAUAGCCCUGUUAAUAAUACUGACAUUCCUAUAACAAUGUAUAAUACACAGUUCUCCUGUGACCCUGAGCUGGGAUAG